AGCUCAGUAGCGAGCUGAAGCGGAGCGAGUCACAGCUCGSAGGGCCUGAGGGCAGGGCGGUGCCCCGGAAGUGGCCGGGGAAGCUGCGCAGCGGCGGCGGGGCCCGGGUAAACAGCUCCGGCUGUGGCGUAGAGGAAACCAUGUCAGGAAGAACAUCAUCUUCCAGUCAUGCCAGUUGGAAAUUARGUGCCAACAACAGAAAGCCUUCUGCAAAAGGAAAAAGGCAAAAGGAUUGUAGCAGACGCAGAUCUAAUGAUGAAGAAUCAGUUGGGCAACCCAAAGUUAUCUUGACGAAUGUCCUGAGGAUGAAAAUUGGAAGAAAAUAUAUGCAGGCACCACCUAAAACUGGUGUUAAUUUUUCUGAUGCUGRCAGGCUGCAGUCAGAUCAAGCACCCUCAUCAUCUGCUGCCACUAUAAAGAUAUGGCAGAUUUUAAACCCUACUCUCCAAAGUCUUUUUCUGUCCAAAAGGCAACCCAAAGUUAUCUUGACGAACAUCCUGAGUACGAAAAUUGGAAGAAAGUACAUAGACAGCCACGUAAUAAAUGAUGCAAAUUUACCUGCUGCUGACAAAUUGCAAUCGGGCCARCUACCCUCACCAGCUGUUGCCAGCCUACAGACAUGUCAGAUAYUAAGUUCUCCUCAUGAAAGUUCUUUUCUUUCUGAAAGGUCUGAACAUUGCCUGAAAAAGACAGAUGAUGAACCGUGUAAAUUGACCAAGACUUCWAAGGAAAGGGAAAAAACGAAUGCUGUCACUUUUAGAAGAGGAGAGCUGCAGAAGAAAGAAAACAAGCACUGUGGUGAACUGGAGAAGAGGAGCAAACACACAAACAGCACUACUCUUAUUCAGAAGAAAUUGGGCUCUUUUGUUUCUGAGAAGAGGAAAAGGAGACAUAGUGACCAUAUUGCUGAUGAUUGUAAUACACACAUUCCACAAAAAUCAUUCUUACUGUCUGAAAAGCAAAGUUCAACUCAGUCUCCUGACUGCAGAACACCUUGUGAGGAUGGACAAGCUCACAGAUCUAAUACUAUUCUGGUGCCAGAUUGUCCAGCAGAGAGAGAAUCUAAAGACACUUCCACCCACAACCACUCARGGCAUGCUUACAGUCRCACAGARGAAUUUGACWCAGARUCUCCUUCCAACAAUUUGUCAAAGRAAGAGCUUUCUGCCACCAGUGAGGAUGUGAUUGCACCAGAAGUUAGUACAAUCMRGAARUUAAAGAUGGACAAAUCACAGUGCCUGAGCAAGCUGCGGAACAGAAUCUGCAGGGGUAAUCAGCAACUUGUUUCCAUUGACCCAAUUGUCCUUUCCAGUGAUGAUGAUGAUGGACCUUCUUUGCCACCAUGCACAGAGCUGAUGCAGGAUAAUAUAACUGAAAAUAAAGAAACAGAAGAACAGUAUGACUUGGAUCUCUCAGCCAAACAAUUAGAAGACAAGAUGAAAAGUCACACAGAGGAGCUUCUAACAGAGUCAGUUGAAGAUAAAUGUGCUCUCAGCUUACCUUCUGGAAGCAAACCUAGAAAGCAGWUGAACCUGGAAUUGGAUAUUGAAUUUGAUAGACUACACAUUGGAAAAUAUAAAUGUUUAUCCACUGGUCCUGCCACAUUUACAAGGAAAGAUAUUGUGAUCCCAUUUCAGGUGUCUCUUAAAAACAUUCAGCUGACAGUGGAUACUCUGGAUCUGAGAAGAUUUGGCUUGUGGAAAAGUGAUGGUGGCCGUUCUUCAACAAUUAUYUUUCUUUGGUUGGCUGUGGAUUAUGUAGAAAAGAUUGAAUCCCAAAUGGAAAAGSUGGUUACCAGCGAGCCAUCCAGAGCAAAUGAAUUUGUAUUUUUGGAACUGUCUCAACCACUCGCAGAAUGGGAAGAAGACAGACUGACUGAACURAUUAGAGGUGUGAGCAAGAAGAAGAGAGCACCAGAUCUUGCUGAGUUUUUGUCUUUGGAGCAAACGUUACCAUUGUUUAAGAAUGUUUCUCCUGAAGAAAGCUCUUUCAUGUGUCACAAUAAGGAUCUACUAAAGCAAUACACACCAAAAGAGAAUACCUCAGAUGCUCAUGAGCCUGCAGUUCAGGAAUCAACRCUAAAAGUGAUCAGGCCCAGUUAUGCCCUUGCAAAUAAGCAGAAWAGUGGCUGCUAUUGUAUCUCUUUGUCCUCUGCACUGAAUGAAGAAUGGAAAGAAGUAAGAGAAACGGGGGCAGUUAAGAAUUUGAUUGUUUAUCCACCCCCACCUGCAAAAGGAGGACUGGGAGUCACAAGAGAAGACCUAGAGUGCUUAGAAUAUGGGGAGUUUCUCAAUGAUGUCAUCAUUGACUUCUAUCUUAAAUACCUGUUGYUGGAGAAGGCACCAAAACAUGUUGCUGACCGUACGCACAUUUUUAGCAGUUUCUUCUACAAGUGCCUGACCAGGGCAGAAAAAAAUUCUGAGGGGGAUGUCAAAGUUUCAGUGGCACAGAGAAGACACAAAAGAGUGAGAACAUGGACUCGCCAUAUAAAUAUCUUCAAUAAAGAUUAUAUCUUUGUGCCUGUGAAUGAGGAGGCUCAUUGGUACAUUGCAGUUAUCUGUUUUCCUUGGUUAGAAGAAGUUAUGUAUGARGACUGUCCCCAUCAGAAUUCAUUAUCUCACCGGCCUCCGCAGUCUCCACUUCAGCCAGAGAGUGAGAACACUAAAACUGGUUCAGUGUUCUUCAAGGAUAAAGAAGAWAUGGAUGGUCGCAGUGAAAUUGCUGCUUCUGCUUCAGUUCUCUAUUCAGCUAUUUCUAAAAUCUCCCUAAGUAAUUCCAAAAAGCAGAUUUGUAAAAGGCCUUGUAUACUCAUCUUAGAUUCMUUGAAAACAUGUUCUGUGCAGAAAACAGUUCAGGUUUUGAGAGAGUACCUAGAAGUGGAAUGGGAAGCUAAACGAAAAACACAUCGGGAAUUCAGCAAAUCAACAAUGAUUGACCUCUGUCCCAGAGUGCCUAAACAAGAUAACAGCAGUGAUUGUGGGGUCUAUUUGCUGCAGUAUGUGGAAAGCUUCUUCCAGAACCCCAUAGUUAAUUUUGAACCACCGCUGAAUCUGGAGAAUUGGUUCCCUCGUCAGCUGAUCAGAAGCAAAAGAGAAGAAAUUCGGGACCUGAUCUUGCAACUGCACUUUCAACAGCAGAGGGGCAGCAGCAGCUAAUAAAUAUAAGAAGACAGUCAUGACAAAGGACAGAGCUGUGUAAAUUAACUGGAACUCUGCUUAGUGGUGUUUGGUUUCUCCAUGCCUUGUAAAAAAAGAAGAAAAAAGUCACRAGGAGUAUUUUUUGUUCAGCAUGUAUUUAUUUAAAUAUUUUUUUUCAAUGGUGUUGUGUGGUCUUAAGAUGCUUGGAGGGGGAAGGGAGAAGGUUGUAGAUAAGAAUGUAAAUAUGUAAGUUAAAGGUAAUACCCRUGGAUUGCUAAUUGAUCCUUUACUUGGAAUCUGAAAGCGCUUACAGGUAUGUGCCACAGGAUGUAAAAAUACUUUCAGCUUUUGGACCCUGUUCUUUGUAAUUCUGUAUAAACAUGGAUGGUCUUGCAGGAGUCAGGCCUGAAGACAGGAUUUAGAUUGUGUGUUGUGUCUCUUGAGUUGCAGCUGAUACAGAUAGAAUGAAUACUAUGUAUUGUUUUACUUUAAUAAUAGGAUUUAAUAUUGACUCUCUCGAGAGAUGUAUUUUUUGUUUUGUUUCUGAUUAUGUACAGAAGUAAUCUGCAUGUGUCAGAACAUUCUGCAAAGAUUUGAGGCUGAUGAGUUGAUGAUUUUUUUUUUAAAUUAUUACCCCCUUCCUAGCAUUUUUAUAAAAGUGUAUCUUUAUGAGUGGACGACAUUUGCUUGAGAGUGACUGUUUAAGUACUUUAAAGUCAGCACUGUCUUUUUUUUUUGAAAGUUUUUUUUUUUUCUUCAGAUUUUAGAAGCAAACUUGCUCUCAAAGUACAUACCAAUACAAUAUGUGUAAGCAGUAGAUUUUUAAUGCUGUUCACCUGAUUUUGGGGAAAAAUUCCUACAAAUAUUAAGGCAUCACCUGCAUUAGCAAGGCAAGCAGGAUGUGGCUUAACAACCUCAAGUGUCUGAGGUUUUUUCCUGAAAAAUCAUUAAAACAUGUGAUUUAUAUAUGAGACAAACAGGAUUUUUACUUUUCUUAGAGGAUUGGGUAAAGAUUCCUGAAUAUUGAGUGUUUGAAGUCUUGAUUUGAUAAAGUAGCACAAAUUUAUCAUUGUCUUAAUUUGUAUUUAUGUGGUUUUUCCUUGAACACCGAUCACAUUUUGAUGUGCACACUUUUUCUGUACUAACUGCACAAUAUAAGGUGACUGUUUUAAAAGGAAGCUUUCUCCUGUUCCCCACUGUAACUUUUUCAUCUCACCAUUCAGAAGGAGUGUGUGUCAGGUAACCACCAAAACCACCUGUGUCACGAAAUAAUCUACAAAACCAGAGCUCUUAAAGUACAGCUCUGGAAGUACAACAGAGAAUUAAAAUAAAAAUUGAGGGCAACCCAAAKAGGUGAACAUUUUUAUGUCAUUGCAGAAUUCUCAGGGCCCCUUUCCUCAKGACAACUCUGAAGCCUGGCAUUUGGAAAAUCCAGUUAUUACUUCAGGUUCUGUKCAGUCAUCCAACACCCCUUCACCCCCCUUUAUUGUUUCUCAGACCAGGAACAAUUUUUUGUGGAGGAGACAGACAACUUUAAAACAAUAUGCUGAGCACAGUUACCUUCUGUAUAGCUGUGAGCAGCCUUGUACAAUGACUGUAUGUUUUUUGUCUUUGUUUCUACUUUAAUUCUGUAGCUUGUCACUACCCCUUCUUCCCCUGCCCCCCAACAUCUUUCCCUCUCAUCCCAGAGUUUGUGUCUUGCAGCACCUAAAUCACAAUACCAGCAUUACUUAAAAAAAUAAUCUGUGUAUUUGUCAUAAAACAAAAGAUAAAAAUGCAGAAAUAUAUUCCCUUUCUCUAUACCUUUUUAAAUGGAAUAAUAUUUUCAGUGUUCCCUUAUGAAAAACAGUUUGGGCUGUUUCGUAUGGUAAAAUUAGGUUUUAUCACCAAGAGAUUUGUUUUUGGUUGUUUUUUUUUUUUUUGAUGGACUGGUUUAUAAAUAUUUAAAAGCAAAAUAAUGUAUGCAAUUUUCUAAAUUGAUUUUGUAACACAAAAGGAUUGCCUUUUUAGAUUUCUUACGUAUGUGCUAUGAGAAUGCCAAUGCAUUUGAUAUUAAAAUUAU